UGUCUCUUUUCUUUUCUUUUUUUUGUUGUUUUUUUGUUGUAACUUCUCUUUCUUGCUUUCAAGUUUAAUUUUUGCAAUUAUUAGAGAGAGAAAGAGAGCUAUUUUACAAGAGGCUGUGAUGGGUUGCCUUGGAUCCAGGGAACUCUUUAGUAAAUAUGUGAAAAGGGUGCUAUCUUUUUUAGGGUUCUCUUGUGAUUCUUGGGACUUUUAAGUUUUCUCGGGUUCUUUUUCAUGACCCCCUUUUGUUUCUCUUUCUUGGGUUUAAAGAUCAGGGGUUGGUUUCCAAUUUCGUGUUUUUUUCUUUUUUUUGAAAUUCUGUUCUAUUUUUUUGUGGAUUUAAAGUUGCUGUCUUGUUGUUUCUCUCUCAUUGUAGUUGAUGGAGGUAAAUGGAGAAGAUUCCAUUUAAGAAGUUAAUGAGGCCUUAAACAGGUCUAGCCUAUCUAUUUAGAGUCUGUAAGCUUCCACAAAUGGAAAUUUGGAUCCAUUCUCGUUGACCAGAUCUGACUAACAUUUCACUUUUAAGAACUUUUAGCUCACCCAUAUCUUUGCAUCCACUGGAUUGGCCUCCUGAUUUUGUUAGAGUAUUAAACUUUGAUUUACCUUUUCCUAAAAGGCAUGGAAAAUGGUCUGUCAAAACCUGUUGUUCACAUUCCAAAAUCAUUCUUGAUGAGUGAAGGGUUGAUAAUUUUAGUUGAAUAAUGAGAGGCUGUGUGAUCUUGGAGGGGUUAGAGGGUAACUUUUUGUACUGUCCAGAUAGUGAUUUUGAUGGAGGAGAUGUACCGGGCGGUUGCAGUGCCAUUUAGAGUAGGUAAUUCAGUCUGUGAGAGUCCGUCCUUAGAUACCCAUAUGGAUAUCACAAGACUUUUAAUGGCAGACACAGCUAGCUUAUUAUCUGAUACUGUAACUAAGGUUUCUACUGUGGGGAAUAAGGAUUGUAAUUGUUGUGAUUUAGAUGAUGAAGUUAAAGAUACAGCAGUGCAAGCUCCUAAAGAGGACAAGGGAGGAGGAGGAGGCCCUUUGUUGGAUAUGAUCUCUGAAAAUGAAAGAAAUUGGGUUGUUGGUGAUGAUGUGAUAACACGGGAUAGCGAGGAGGACGAUUCUUUGUCGUUGGAGGGUGAUCCAAUUCUUGAUUGUUCUUGUUCUCUGUCAGUGGCCAGUGAGACAAGUAGCUUAUGUGGAGAGGAUUUCUUGAGUUUUGAGGCCACCUUUGAGGUAGGAACACCAAGUUCUGUAGAUAUUGAAAAGAGUGCUGGUGGUGUUGAUAUUAUUCCCAAGACAGCAGAUUUGGGGGAUUUGAAUGUUGACGCCAUCGUUAGCGAUCCCCUUUCUGUGGCAGGAAUUGUUGAGGAAGAGGUUGGAGAUGGAUCUGAUGCAAAGACAUCCGCUGUGGUACCUAAGUUGACUCUGGAAAGAGGGGCCAGUGGUACAAUCUCAAGAAGUGUUUUUGAAGUGGACUACAUACCCCUUUGGGGAUUUACGUCUGUGUGUGGAAGGAGACCAGAGAUGGAAGAUGCAGUUGCUGCUGUGCCUUAUUUUUUGAAAAUUCAUAUUCAAAUGCUGAUUGGAGACCGAUUACUUGAUGGCAUGAGCAAUUGUUUACCGCUCCAGACUGCUCAUUUCUUUGGAGUUUAUGAUGGUCAUGGAGGCUCACAGGUGGCAAAUUAUUGCCGUGAUCGUUUCCAUUCUGCUUUGUCUGAGGAGAUAGAAUUUGUUAAAAAUGGCCUGAUUGAUGGAAGUAUUAAGGAUGGUUGCCAGGAGCAGUGGAAAAAAGCUUUCACCAGUUGUUUUCUUAAGGUAGAUGCUGAAGUCGGAGGAAAGGGUAGUGCUGAACCAGUUGCUCCAGAAACUGUUGGUUCUACUGCUGUUGUGGCCACUAUUUGUUCAUCCCACAUCAUAGUAGCAAACUGUGGAGACUCACGAGCAGUUCUUUGUCGUGGGAAAGAACCAGUGGCAUUAUCAGUGGAUCAUAAACCUAACCGAGAAGAUGAGUAUGCAAGGAUAGAAGCCGCUGGAGGCAAGGUCAUACAGUGGAAUGGGCAUCGUGUCUUUGGUGUUCUAGCUAUGUCAAGAUCUAUUGGUGUUGGAACCUCCAGAGAACAUGUCCAAGUCUCAAAGAAUUGCCUUGUCCAUGUCAUACUACCAACGAGAUGCUUGGACAUUCUUGGUGAUCAGAAACUCAAAAUUCCUGGAUUAAUUUUAGGUGUUGGAACCUCCGGAGAAUAUGUCCAAGUCUCAAAGAAUUUCCUUGUCCUUGUCAUCAAAGACAAGUAAAUAGACAUCCUUGGUGGUUUUAAUGCUAGGAUAAACAAGUGAUUCCAUCGAUGCCUGCUUCAGAAUUUUUCAAUGUGGAAGUUUUCUUUUCCUACUUUGUUCAUUUUUUUGGAUGGUGAGUUCUUUGAUGUUAAGGUAUAUGUCUCACAACAUUUCUAAACAAGUAAAUUGCAUCCAUAAUAACUUUGGGCAACUCAUGCUUGUGAAAUUUGACUGUUAUUCUGGUAUGAAACCAUCUUUUAUGUUUUCAGCCUUAGAUGAUGAUGCUUGUGCACAUAAAUCUCAAGCCUUGCAUGAUAUGAAAUUCUUACAUGUCUGGUGAAAGUCUAUUGACUAGUGUUUAUUCAACCUUGAUUAAACUUUUUUGAGGAUGUCUCUUUAAUGUGCAAUUGCAAUGUUGAUGAUAUGAAGUAGAACUUCUUGAAGGGAAAUUUAUCCAUUGAAGUGUCGCAUACAUCUGCCUUCUCAUUAAAGUUGCAUUUUAGCCAUGUCAAUCAAUCCUUGGAAAAACUCUCCAAAUGUUAAACGAAGUCCUACUGCAUUGUGGAGGAUUGAUUGUUGUGAUUUUCCUUUGUAUGUAUUACAUGACAUUUUGUAUUUGUGAAGAAUAAAAUAUCCUUUGAGUGAUAUAUCUGAGAUGGAUUCAGUUGCUAGUUUGUGUGAAAAUCAUCUAAAGGUGUUGCUGCAUUCACUCAUUUGUUGGUUGGUUCAAGGACUCAUGAUUAUGGGUGUAAUAAUUUAUUAGCCUCUUUCCUUACGAAAAUAAAUGGAUCACAUAACUUUAAAACUUUACAUCAUUCU